AGAAAAAAUAUUUGCUACGUUGACAAUUUAUAAAUCGACGUGUACUUAACCUAUUGUUUAAACAACUCAUUAAUUAUUAUGGUCGAAAUGGCUUCUAAAAAGGAUCAGAAAGACAAUGAACCGAUAAAAAUAAACAAAUGGGACGGAGCAGCUGUGAAAAACGCGCUGGAUGAUGCUGUAAAAGAAGUUCUUACUAAAAAAUACAAUUACAUUGAAAACUUUACGCUGCUUGACAUUCGUCUAGCUAUUUGCGGUGUAGCUGUUGGUGUUGCUGGUGUAGCAUUAUUCUGGGACUGGUUUCAUCCCUUCCCGGCAUCGAGACAUGUCCUGGUGAUGGGUGUCUCUGCUUACUUUGUUUUAAUGACAAUUCUUCAUAUCUACACAACUUAUAAAGAGAAAGGAAUAUUUGUUGUUGCUGUUCAAAGGGAUCCAGCAGGAUUUGACCCAGACUACGUGUGGGAAGCGAGUUCGUAUAUGAAAAAGUACGACGACAAGUACAACCUGUCGUUCUCAGUAAAGAAUGAGGCUACUGGAGUGAUAAAUGAGGCGUCAGUUACUAAGUCGGUUGCUAACUUCAUUGACGUUAAUGGGGUAGUGUGUCUGGAUCUCGUCGAAAACUUCAUCGCUAACUUGCACGACAGUCUUUUGGCCCAACGAAAGGACAAAUAGUCACCUGGAAAAGAUAAUUAAUUAAUUUAUUUUAAUUAUUUAUACGCAUUUAAUUAUUAAAAGAAAGUUUUUAUUAUACAUAAUUCAAUAAUAAUCAUAAUUUGUAUAAAGAUUUA